AUGGCAGUCCUGGCGUUCCAUAUAACCAAGUACCAAAGCAGUUAUGUUCCAAAUGAAGCUUCGGACGUCACUGAUCACGUGACUCUGGCCAAACGAAUCAAGCCUCGACAGAGUGCUUCUGAAGCGCAUCCUGAAUCCCUUUCCACCUCACAUUCUGCCAGAUCCUAUGAAACAGGGCCAACCAUCAUUGCUAGAACAACCCUCUCAGGACCACCUGUACUGAAUCGCCUUCAGAAGAAAGGAAACACUUCAGAUACAAGUGCUGUAGAGAAAGCAACUGACAGCAGCAAGAAGAAAGAGGAAGACCAGGGAAUCAUCAGCUGGCAUGGGGCUGUGAUUGAUACUAACCGUGGCACAGAGGGGACUAAGGAUGGAGGAAAUAAGGAACAGUCACCUACCGGCCAGAAAGCUAAAGACCCAGAAGCUGUUCGGCUGGUGGCAGUGCAGGAAGCUUUCAGACAUGCAUGGAAGGGUUAUAAAGACUUUGCUUGGGGCCAUGAUGAGCUUAGGCCUGUCUCUAAGUCGUACAGCGAGUGGUUUGGUCUGGGUUUGACGCUAAUUGAUGCCUUGGAUACCAUGUGGAUCCUCAACCUUAAAGAAGAAUUUGAGGAAGCAAAGGCAUGGGUGGCCACUAAGCUCACAUUCAACAAGAAUGUAGAUGUUAACCUGUUUGAAACUACCAUCCGCAUCCUGGGAGGUCUAUUGAGCACCUAUCAUCUGACUGGAGAAACUCUGUUCCUAGACAAAGCUGUAAGUCACCACACUCCCCUCAUUUCUUAAACUUUUCCUUCCUCUCUUAC